AAAGAGCUUGCCUGGUCAAACCAACUUCUCUUCUCUCUUACAAAAAAAAUUAAGUUCUUCCUCUUCUUUCACAUCAAGAACUCUUUCUAUAUCUUCUUGUUUCGUCUUUAACACCAAUAAAGAAUAGCAAAGCUCUGGUCAAACCAACUUCUCUUCUCUCUUACAAAAAAAAUUAAGUUCUUCCUCUUCUUUCACAUCAAGAACUCUUUCUAUAUCUUCUUGUUUCGUCUUUAACACCAAUAAAGAAUAGCUUCACCUUUGAUCAUUUCUGAAGGAAAUGGAUAGCGAGGUAUCAAGAACCGGGGAGAUAACAAAAGAUUCGGAGCAGACUGAUUUACCACCUGGCUUUAGAUUUCACCCAACAGAUGAAGAACUCAUAAGUUACUAUCUGAGACCAAAGGUUCUAAACACCUUCUUCUCCGCUAUAGCCAUUGGUGAAGUUGAUCUCAAUAAGGUUGAACCAUGGGACAUACCAUGGAAGGCUAAGAUUGAGGAAAAAGAGUGGUACUUCUUCUGCUUAAGAGAUCGGAAAUACCCGACCGGUUUAAGGACGAACCGGGCUACUAAGGCCGGUUAUUGGAAAGCUACAGGCAAAGACAAAGAGAUCUUCAAAGAAAAAUCUCUUGUUGGUAUGAAGAAAACUUUGGUUUUCUACAAAGGAAGAGCUCCUAAAGGAGUAAAAACCAAUUGGGUCAUGCAUGAAUAUCGCCUAGAAGGCAAAUAUGCAAUCGACAAUAAUCAUAAAACUGCUAAGAACGAAUGGGUUAUUAGUAGAAUUUUCCAGAAACAAGCAGAUGGUAAGAAGAUGCAUAUCUCCAGUUUAAUGAAGCUCGGUUCAGGGAUCAACCAAUUUGAACCGGUCGGUUUACCUCCCCUGAUGGAUUCUUCUCCAUACCUCAAGAGCGGAGGAGGAGACACUUUCGCCUGGUCGUUGUCUCACGUGCCAUGCUUCUCCGACCAAACAACCGAGGACAAGAGUCACCUCUCCGAGUCAAGAGAUGAAUGUAACUUUACCAUAUUUGGUUCUUCAUCGACUCACUUCAUCUCCAGGAUUUCAGUACAUCGGAGAACGAAUUAACCGCGAGUUCUUGGCACGGUCACGAUAUUUCUGGUUCAGCAGCUCCGGUUGAGAUGGAUUGCUUUUGGAAUUUCUGAAUUUGGAAAGUGUAACAUAUCAAAAUUGGGGUGUAUAUAUGGGGAAAACAAUUAUAGGGUAUUUUAGGGGUUUAGAGCACCUCCAGUGGAGUCCUAAACACACAUAUAUGUGUAUAUAUAUAUAUAUAUAUAUAUAUAUACACACGUAUAUGUAAUUGUGGGGGGUCAUAAUUUUGUGGAAAAUCUAACCCAAAGUUUCUUAAUUUUUUUGGGUAAGUUAUAGUGUUCCUGGCUUUGCUCUAGGUUGUAGACUCUAGGACUUUAGGUUAUAGAAAGAUAUUGAAAGAAACUUGUAACAUUUUGUAAAAAAAAGAACUAGCCUGUGAAGAUUGAUUCUCUUACCAUGUAAAUAACUUACCAAAUGUACUCUGUAUUUAGACACGGCUCCAUGAUUCUCUUU